AUGGCGUUCUCAGGAGCGGUGAAGAUCGGCGAUCUGAACGACUUCAUCGCUCCGUCUCAGGCAUGCGUAGUGAGCCUGGAGGGCGGCAAGCUGGCCGCCGCCAGUGAUGCGGAGGUUGGCACGGUGCAGUUGCAGCCACGCGGCUUCUCGCAGACCCUGCCUGCAGCAGUUGACCAGCCGGUCAAAGUGUCGCUGCACGACUGUCUGGCCUGCAGCGGGUGCGUGACGUCAGCAGAGACUGUGUUGCUCCAGCACCAGAGUGCCGGGGAGCUGCUGCAGCGGCUGGCAGACCCCAGCUGGACCGUGGUAGUUUCCCUAUCACCCCAGUCAGUCGCCGUGCUGGCGGCGCUGCAUGGGCUGCCGGCAGCAGAGUGCGCUGCGCGGCUGGUGGCGUUCCUUCGCCAGCUGGGUGCAGCCGCUGUGUUCGACAUCGCCGCCGCUCGGCAGCUGGCGCUGGCAGAAGCGGCGCACGAGUUUGUACAACGCUACAGCCAGAGCGCCCGCGGAACAGCAGCGCUAUCAGCAGCAGCAGCAGCAGCAGCAGCAGCAGCAGGAGAGGAUGCUAUGGAUGUGGAUGCAGCGGUCGCUGGGCGCGGCAGUAGAGAUGGCGGCGGGCCGCUGCCCAUGCUUGCAUCAGCCUGCCCCGGCUGGGUGUGCUAUGCUGAGAAGACGCACGGCGAGCACGUGCUGCCCUACAUUGCCACAGGCAAGAGCCCGCAGGCGGUGAUGGGCACGCUGGUCAAGCGGCGCUGGUGCAUGGCGGCGGGGCUGUUGCCAGCCUGGGUGUACCAUUGUACCAUCAUGCCCUGCUAUGAUAAGAAGCUGGAAGCUGCGAGGGAGGACUUCAAUCUGCCUGGCACCCAGGUACCUGAGACUGACUGCGUGCUGGCCACAACCGAGCUGCAAGAGCUGCUGGAGCAGCGGCAGGCUGACCUGGGCAGUCUGCAGGGGGCACCCUUUGAUAGCAUGGUGCCACUGCCGGCAGCAGGGGCAGCAGCUGCGCCAGCAUGCAAUGGCAGCGAUGGUGCUGGUGCUAGCAGCAACGGCUGGCACGCUGCGCCAAAGCCGCCGACCAGCAGCAGCGGCAGCGACGCCGGCGGCACGCUGCCCGCCAGCAGCGGCAGCGGCGGCUACCUGGAGUAUGUGUUUCGGGCAGCAGCGCGGCAGCUGUUCGGGCGGCAGCUGCCGGCGGGGCCGCUGGCAAUGAGGGUCGGCAGGAAUGCGGAUCUGCGGGAGGUGACCCUGGAGGCGCCUGGCGGCGGCCCGCCGCUGCUGCGCUUUGCCGCCGCCUACGGCUUCCGCAACAUCCAGGGGCUGAUGCGCAAGGUGAAGCUGGGGCGGUGCGAGUACGACUAUGUGGAGGUGAUGGCCUGCCCCUCAGGGUGCCUCAACGGCGGCGGCCAGCCCAAGCCUGCUGCGGGCCAGACCUCGGCGCAGCUGCUGGAGCAGCUGGAAACGCUGUAUGCGGACGCUGGCAGCGGCCAUGGGGCGGUGCAGCCGGAUGCAGACCCUGCAGUACAGCAGCUGUACCACGAGUGGGUGCAGGGCCAGCCUGGGUCGGAAGCCGCCCGGCAGCUGCUGCACAUGCAGUACCAUAAGCGUGAGAAGACGGUAACUGCGACCCUGGCCGACUGGUGA